AUGAACGAUGACUGCUGUGGCAAACAAAGCACCUUCCCGACGCGCACGACAAACGAAGUUGUUCCGGACGCAAUUACCAGCCAACAUUCUGAUAACAAAGAACGCUCUGCUCACGGAUACCAUUCAGAGACAGCUGGGGUUGAGGCCCGGAGGGCAGAGCGCCUCUGGAAAAAGAGGGUAAAAGCUCUUCUUCGAGCUGGCAACCCAGUUCCUCUAGAGGAUCAAGACCUAAUUCGGGACCUAGAAGCUGCUGAGAGUGAGUGCGAGAGCGAGAACGUGAGUCAGCGUGGGAAUGAGUAUGGGUUACAACAGGGUGGACCAGAGUGGACGGAUCUCUCACCUUUACUUCGUCGAUCGAUCGGUAGUCAUGUCGACUAA